AUGGCUAAAUUUUUAUUGAUCAGCGUUGUCCUUGUAGCUGCUCUGGUUGUUUGUGUCAAUGCUAACACUAGUUUAAAGUGUGGGCCAAAUGAAGAGAUAAAAGGAUGUGGAGCGUGUGAUAAUACUUGUAAAGAAAGAAAUAUGAUGUGUACCAUGGACUGUCGUCCACCCGAAUGUGGUUGUAAAAAGGGGUUCUAUAGAAACGAUGACCGGAAGUGUGUGUCCUUAUCACAGUGCCCUAUCAAACCUAAACAAUAA